AUGCAGAGCCCUGAAGUUAUUGUAAUCGGCACGGGCCCUUCGGGGAUCGCAAUGGCCCAUACCUUGAAACAUAAGCUUGGGUUUGAUGAUUUCACAAUGUAUGACAAGUCGGAUGGCCCUGGAGGUACAUGGAGACUGAACACAUACCCUGGAGUGGGAUGCGAUGUCCCGACAAUCCUGUACUCGUUUUCAUUCAACCAGAAUCCGAACUGGUCCAAAGAGUUAUGCGAAGGCCCGGAAAUUCUAGAAUACAUGGAAUCGACCGUGGACAGGUUCGACCUGCGCAAACACAUGCAUUUCGGUAUAGAAUGUAUAUCGGCCUCCUGGAACCCACAGGGCUACUGGGAUGUCCAACUCCGCGACACCCAGACUGGUAUCGAAUACACGCGGUCAGCGACGGUCUUCAUAUCCGCCGUAGGAGGAAUCUCUAAGCCACGCGAGACAAAGUUCCCUGGAAUGGAGAAGUUCAGCGGCGAGAUCUUUCACACGGCCCGCUGGAAUCACAACUACGACUACAUGGGGAAGCGUCUAGCUGUUAUCGGCAACGGAUGCAGCGCUGCACAGGCUGUGCCGGCUGUCGCUCAGAAGGCUUCAUUUGUCAAGCAGUACGCUCGCAGUGCACAGUGGUACCACGAGCGACCGAACCGGAAUUUCACACCCUUUGAAAAAUGGUGUUUCCGGAAUAUUCCUCUGUGGCAGCGAUACCUCCGCCUGAAGCUGUUUCUUAUGAGUGAUGGCCUGGUUGCCACUUACAUGCCAGGCCCAGCUGCCGAGAAGCUGCGUGCUAGGACAGAAGAGACCGCGCGACAGUAUAUCUAUUCCCAGGCACCUCGCAAAUAUCACCAGUUUCUAGUCCCGGAUUUCCCGCUCGGAUGCAAACGACGUAUCUUUGAUCCAAACUAUCUGGAAAGUCUCAAUCGCAGCAAUAUAGAGCUGGCACCGGUUGGGAUCGAGUCCAUCGACGAGACCGGCAUCAUUGGCACCGACGGCCAGCGAGACGAGUUUGAUGCCAUUGUGCUUGCAACUGGAUUCGAUGUGCAGCAGUUCCUGGUCCCCAUGCAGAUAUAUGGGAAGAAGGGCAAGAGUUUGUCGGAGCAGUGGAAGGAAAGUCGCGGAGCGCAGGCUUACAUGGGGACCUACGUGCACGGCUUUCCUAAUUUCGCUAUGCUCUUCGGACCUAACACUUUCCCCGCGCACAAUUCCGUUCUAUUCGCCUCCGAGGUCGAGGUAGAGUAUGUCGCGAGAACACUCCUGGCACCAAUCAUUGAUAAACGUAUAUCCUCCUUAGAGGUCAAGGCCACCGCGGAGAAUCAAUGGGUAAGUAUUGUGCAUUCGGAGCUCCGAGGAAGUGUAUUCGAGGCAGGAUGCUCGAAUUGGUACAUCAACAGGCACGGACGAAACUCCGCCUCCUGGCCAGGCUAUGCUUCCACAUAUUGGAGGGAAUCUCGAAGAUGGAUUCGGAGUACGCGCAAGGAGACCUAUGGAGUGCUGGCCCUGUUGCUUGCAGGACUAUGGUGGAGGGGAAAUUCCGUCUUCCUAAGCUCACUGCGUCAGUUCUAUGGGGGAUUGCAUCGGUUUCUGGCGCAGUAG